UAUCGGCUAAUUGCUACACUUCUUUUCAUCUUCAUAGCUAUGGUUUCUUCUUUCGCGGUCAAGGUGAGAUUUGGAGAUGCCUACAGGCGCUUCAAUGUUUCUGUGGAUGACAAUAACCAGAUUGAUCUCGAUAUGGCUGGUUUGAGGGCUAAGAUAAGGUCUAUUUUUUAUUUUACUGAUGAUGCAAAAUUCACUCUGAGCUAUGUUGAUGAAGAUGCCGAGAUGGUGAAUCUUGUGGAUGAUAAUGAUUUGAAUGACCUGAUGAACCAACGAUACAAAUUCUGGAGAAUUUAUGUUCGCGAGAAUGAGAAUGGAAUCUUGCCAUUGAAAUUCUCUCAAUGGAGAAAUAUGAUCCAUAAAUCUGUCUGCAAACUAAUGCAGAAGGAAGAAGCAAUAUAUUAUGGUUCUGCUUUUGUGGCUUGGGUUGGGUUGUUAUCAGCGAUUAUUUUCGCUAAACCAAAUGUCCAAGUCGUCCAACCUCCACCCCCGCCUCCAUCCGUUAGUAAAGGUUGGUUUUGGUAGGGUUCGUCAAGUUUGUCAAAAAUGAGUUUCAGUUUAUGAGUGUUUAUCAGAUUAUUUGUUCCUUUGAAUUUGUCUUGGUUUUUAGGUUUGGAUAGUCUAUUGGUUGUUUUGUGCUUUGACACAUCAACAUAUCUUUGUUUUAUAUUAUUUUAUUUUAUGCUGCUUUAUGAGAUUAGAUACAUGUUGAUUGAUCAGUGUUCACUGA